AUGGUAAACAAUAUUAGUUACGCGGACGAUAUGGUGCUGCUGGGGCCCUCUGUUUGUGCAGUCAGAAAACUUCUGAGCAUGUGUGAGGAGUAUGCCGUGGCUCACGGAGUCAGGUACAAUGUGGCUAAGAGUGAGAUUCUAGUUUUCCAGCCGCGCGAGCAUAAGGUGGAUAGGGUACCGGAAAUCUUGCUGUAUGGAAUACCUCUUAACAGAACCAAGAAAUUCAAGUACCUUGGGCAUUGGGUCACGGAGUGCCUCUCGGACGAUCCAGACAUUGAGAGAGAGCGCAGGGCGUUGGCUGUCAGGGGUAACAUGGUGGCUCGCAGGUUUGCACGAUGUUCAAGGGACGUUAAGAUAACCCUAUUUAAGGCAUAUUGCCAGUCCUUGUACACGUGCAGCCUGUGGGUCAACCAUACUCAGAAGGCAAUCAGCGCCUUGCGCGUUCUGUAUAAUAACAUACCGAGGAUGCUGUUGGGUCUUCCCAGGUACUGUAGCGCUUCUGGGAUGUUUGCGGUUUCACAAAUAGAUGGCUUCCAAGCCAUAAUCCGGAAACGAACAGCUUCCAUUAUGCGCUGA